AUGGGGUUUAAUGAUAACAGUAAAACUGGAGAAUACCCAGACGUAAUAUUUCAACCCCUGAGCAGGCUACAGGAAUUAACAAUAGACAGUUUCAAAGAAGCUAAAUUUAGUUCAGGCUUUGGGGCAAUGAAGAGUCUUACAGCACUGAACUUAUCUGGUACAUCUGCACACUGCAAUAUUGAAAUUCUAUAUAACGAUUCUCUAUCUGUUUUUAACUCUUCGAGCAUAUCGACUUUGGAUCUGUCAUCCUGUAACAUUUACAAAAUGCACGUAGAUGCGCUGGCACCAUUAAAACAUCUGAAAAAAUUCAACCUAGAAAAUUCUCCAAUUGGAUUACACAAAUCUUUACAGGUACUGCAUGGUUUACGUGGAACCAACAUGUCAUCUUUGAAUUUCAAGAAAGUCGACAAUGAAUAUUUUUCAAUUAUCGACAGAAUUUAUGAUGAGCAACUCCUCUCGGAAUAUUUGCAGUAUUUAGAAACUAUAUGUGUAUCUGAAUUGAAUUUGGCUGAAAACAACAUAUUAUACAUUGAUUUGGAAAGCUUAUUUAAUAAAAUAAUAAAACACAAAACUCAAGCUAUAUAUUUCUUUAAGAACCUUAUUCGCAAAUGUACUAUGUGUCCCACAAGAGCAGACUUUGAGUUUGAUAUCUGUCUGUGCUACGCCGACAGGGACUGGAGAGAAGCAUGUCUUGCUGUAGCAGAGCACUUGGAAAGACGCCAUAAUUACAAAAUAUAUUUGCAUGACCGCAACUCAAUUCCUGGAGAACCACUUGCAGAGUCGAUUAUGUAUGGCAUAAACAACAGCUGGAAAACGAUUCUUCUUUUCACACACAACUUCAUCGACGAUGGCUGGUCUUGGUUUACAGUUCAAGUUGCGGUUAGCGCUGUGACGUGGAGAACACCAUACAGACUUAUUGUAUUAAGAGAUCCUAGGCGAGCGUGCGAGCUACCCGAUUGUAUUUUAUGUGUCGUGGAUGAAGAUAGGAUUAUUCCAAUGCCAGAUCAGGAAGUAGAGACAUCAUGGGAUGACCUGGUUCGACUUAUUUAA